AUGACCGUGUUGGCCGCAGCUGCUGACGAAGCAACGACAUCAUACACGAGUGACAGCUCUUUUCAGGACGACUUGAUGAACGUCACUAAUGAGUAUCGUGUGCAACACAAUGCAUCAAAGCUUGAGUGGAACACGACGCUAUCCGACUACGCUCAGGACUUGGCAGACGGUUGCAAAUUUGAGCAUAGCGGCGGACCAUACGGUGAGAAUCUCGGUUCAGGAUAUGGCAGCGCAGAGCUUACCGUCAUGGCAUGGGGAAAUGAGAGCACGAAGUACGAUUUCAGGGCAGGGGAAUUUAGCGAGGAAACUGGCCACUUUACUCAACUUGUGUGGAAAUCGACAACCUCAAUGGGGUGCGGCCGCAAAGAAUGUAAUGGUGGUACCAGUGGUGGUGAGGGCGAUGCUCCGGGGUGGUUUGUCGUCUGCGAGUACUGGCCUCGGGGAAAUGUGGUUGGACAGUUUAAGGAGAAUGUGCAGUCUACACCGCAACAGGAUGCAGAGUCAAAAGCACCAAGCACAGCGAUCGAGAAAGUACUGUAUGUGUGGAUCGGACUCGUCACUGGAUGGAUGGUCGCUGUAUGGUUGUGA